AAUGUAUUUAAAGCGGAAGUACUCUAAAAAUAAAUAUCAUAGAUUAAUUUGUGCAAUAUAAUUAAUAGAAUCCAGUAGUCCAGUAAGUAUAUAUUGUCCUUGCGUGGUAUUAUCAGUGUGUAAAACUUCAUUACAUUUUAUAGUUAAAAACCAUGAAGUAUGUUUUUAUAAUUCUAGCAGAUUUUUUGAUUCUAGUCGAUUCUGGAAAAAACGAUUUCAAUUUUCGCCCAAAUUUACCUCUAGGAAAUUAUCGAGUAAAUGUUCUCGCUUUUGUACCAUGUAAUUCAAAUUCCACUAUACAGUUCAAUUUUUUUUUGUUUAAAACAUCUACAAAUACAACUGACAUAAGAGGAAAUAUAACAUCUCUUAAGAAAACAAUAGAUGAUUCUUUAGCAAUACGUAUUAGUAUGGAUAUAAAAGAUAAGAUUGGUAGCUGGCAGAGUAAUGCUUAUGUGUAUAAAACACCUAAGGCAUAUACAAGUCUUAAAAAUUUACUAGGAGCUGAGUAUGAAAAAUUUUUAUAUAGUUUUGGAAUAAAUGAAACAACACACAAAAGAAUACCGACGGGAAUAUAUACCACCAAAGGCUAUGAUAUAUCAAACUAUCCAGCAAAUACAAAUUUACCAAGACAGAUUUUUUACGGGACUUACAGAUUUAAAGGUGUUUAUAUGGAAAAAAAUGGCGAUCAAUGUGGAUGUGUCAUGUUUAUUGUUGAAGUAAAACGUCCGUGGGAAUAGAAUAAUUUUUUAAAUUCAUAUUAUGAUGUUUGAAUGUUAAAAUUAAAAACAUAGUUUAUAUA